AUGGCAAAGACUAGAACUGUCGUUGCUUGCUUUUUCAUUCUUGUCUUGAUUUUAUCCCAUGAAUUUACUUGCAUUGAAGGAAGGCAUCUGAAGUCUAGAUUGUGCAAGAAAUGCUCAAAGCAUGCUGACAACACAUUGGGUGUAGCAAAAGGUAAAGCUACGGAGUCGAGGCAAGAGCAGGCAAGUAAGGUGGAAUAUGUUGAUGAUUUUAGACCCACAACACCAGGUCACAGCCCGGGAGUUGGGCACUCCAUCAACAAUUGA